AUGGAGCAGCACCACCCCGACUACCAGACGGUCGAACUCACCCCCGGCCCCCAUUUCAUUCGCCCCCGACGACAACUACGGCGACCUCUCCGACGCCGACGACCCCGGUGCCGCCGCCCCCUUCGCCACCCCCUCUACUGGCCGACCCCCGUCCACGACGUCGCCUUCGCCUACCACUGGCUCUCCACCAACCUCGCACCCCCGGGCCUCACCCGCCGCGACAUCCUCGUCCUCUCCUCCCACCUCGGCGCCUCCCUCGCCACCUCCCUCGCCCUCACCGAAUCCCGCCCCCAUCUCCCUUUUGCCGUGCGCGGCCUCGCCGUCCUCAACGGCAUCUACAGCUGGCCCAUGUUCCUCCCGGACCACCGCGCCCACCGCAAAUCCCCGCCCCGUUCCCGCUCCCGCGCCGCCGCCGCGAGACGGACGCUACUGGCCCACGCGGCGGAGGAGGACGAUCUAGAGCAACGAGGGACGGUUCUCGCGGGGUCCACCGUCUCCUACCAGGGCUGCGACCAACUCGCCCGCUUCGCCGCCCUCAUGCCCGGCCUCUUUGGCCACCGUCCCGCCCGCCUCUUCGACGUCUUUGCCAGCCCUGCUCUCAUGUUCCAGACCCCCGGCAUCAACGUCCCCAGUUCUUUCACCCGCUCCGAUACCCUUGCCUCCCAGAUUGACUGGCUCGCCUCCACCCAGGCCCUCGAAUUCGCCGCCCUCAUGCGCCGCAGCGUCGAGAAGCUCGAGGUCAAGGAGCGCAGGGAAUGGGAUUUCGACUUUGACGAGGACGGCGACCUCCCCGAGAAGAGGGUGCGCGUACUCGGUGUCGACGACGCCGAUGACCCGGCCUGGGGAUUGACCGCGGAACCGCCGCGCACACUGUCGCGUCGUGGUUAA